UAUAAAGCACCAGCUGCUCCUCACAGGAAGGCGGCACUGGCAGCUCAGCUUCACCAGGAGCCUUGGCAGGAAGGCACAGCCAAAGCAGGAUGAAGCUUUCCACGGGCAUCAUUUUCUGCUUCCUGAUCCUGGGUGUCAGCAGCCAGAGAUGGGCAUCAUUCCUCAAGGAAGCUGGUCAAGGGGCUAAAGACAUGUGGAGAGCCUACUCGGACAUGAGAGAAGCCAAUUACAAAAAUUCAGACAAGUACUUCCACGCCCGGGGCAACUAUGAUGCUGCCCAAAGGGGACCUGGGGGCGCCUGGGCUGCUAAAGUGAUCAGCGAUGCCAGAGAGAAUGUCCAGAGGUUCACAGACUUGUUUAAGCAUGGAGACAGUGGCCACGGAGUGGAGGACUCGAGGGCUGACCAGGCUGAUGAAUGGGGCCGGAGUGGCAAGGACCCCAACCACUUCAGACCUCGUGGCCUGCCUGACAAGUACUGAGCUGCCUCUGCCUCUGCUCAGGAGAUGGGCUGUGAGCCUCCUGUGAGCAGGCUUAGUGCUGAGCUAGGUUAUAGCAUUGUGCAUCUGUAGUACUUGAUAGUUGGUAAAAACAUAUAAAAAUGUGUAAUAAAUGCUUGUGAAAUCCAA